GAAUCUAAUUUAUUUAGUAAACAAGUUUAGAUAGGUUGAUAUGUUUAUAAUCUGAAUCUAUUUUAUCAAAUCCAAACUUAGGAUUAAUAAAUUACCAUCAUUAAAGAAGAAAAAAAAAUACAAGAGUGCACCUCAUGGCCAAUGAUCGCCACGUGGACUACAUGGGAGAAUCGCAGCUGGCUUGGGAGCGGUCCAGAUAAGUCUCAUACUUUCAGCGCACCAAACAUCACACCCUCUCUGACACCUGGGCCCACAUCUUGCAUUUAAUACACCAAUAAUGGCGUUGGGUGUCGUGAAAAGUAAGUACGUUAACGAGGAAACUUCCUCGCUGGUCACCAAGAUCGGGGUCCUCUCGGAGUCACGGGGGGAUUCGAUUGCUAACCGCCAUCUUCUUCUCCGCCCGAAACGGUACGCUUCUCCUCCUCCCCGACGUAAUUGCAGAGGGUUUAUUUGGUGGUUGAGGGCUGUUUUCUUCGGAGAGCUGUGUGUUAAGAAGUUUGCUAUAGAUUGGAAGUGUGAUUAUGGGAGGAAAAUGGUCGAAAUCUAGGAGCCCCCAUCGUUAUUCACAUAAUUAUGGGACUCCGCCUUCACGAAGCACUUCGAGGUACUCUCCUUACCCAGGGAAUAAUCUACAGCCUAGAACAGUAGAGAGGGUGCAGAGAAAGUAUACAAAAAUAGGUGAUGAUUACCACUCGCUUGACCAGGUAACAGAAGCUCUUUCACAAGCUGGUCUUGAAUCUUCAAAUCUGAUUGUGGGAAUUGAUUUUACAAAGAGCAACGAAUGGACAGGCAGAGUUUCUUUCAACCGCCGAUGUUUGCAUGACAUUGGGCAUACUCCAAACCCAUAUGAGCAGGCAUUAUCAAUUAUUGGAAGAACUCUAUCUGCUUUUGAUGAGGAUAAUCUUAUUCCUUGCUUUGGAUUCGGAGAUGCAUCCACACAUGAUCAGGAGGUAUUCAGUUUUUAUCCAGAGAACCGACCAUGUAAUGGCUUUGAGGAAGCACUACAAAGAUAUAAAGAAUUAGUUCCACAUCUUCGAUUAGCUGGACCAACAUCCUUUGCACCAAUAAUUGAAACAGCCAUCGGCAUUGUAGAUAAUAGUGGUGGCCAAUAUCAUGUUCUUCUUAUAAUAGCAGAUGGACAGGUAACACGCAGUGUUGACACAAUUCACGGCCAGCUGAGUUCACAAGAGCGAGAUACUAUGAAUGCCAUAGUCAAAGCUAGUGAUUACCCGCUGUCAAUAGUUCUAGUUGGAGUUGGUGAUGGACCAUGGGACAUGAUGAGAGAAUUUGAUGAUAAUAUACCUUCACGAGCAUUUGAUAAUUUCCAGUUUGUGAACUUUACAGAGAUCAUGUCUAGAAAUAUUUCCAACAGCAGAAAGGAGACAGAGUUCGCGCUUGCAGCAUUGAUGGAAAUCCCAUCACAAUAUAAAGCAACAAUAGACCUUCAACUUUUGGGUAAACGAAGAGGAACACCGGAAAUGACUUCUCUCCCUCCACCAAUUAAAAGUCAUGGUUCAGCAUAUUCAAAUCCAAAAUACUCGCACUCAAGCAGCUCGGAGCAAGGUGCUGGAGUUCAUAAAAGGGCGCCAGCCAUUCCAUCGGAGAGUUCUCUAGAAGAGAAACAAGUAAAUAAAUUGAUUUACAUUUUGGUCCAUAUGCUGAGUGCUGACCUGUUAUUUUAUAAGGCUUGUGAUGAGCAGAUCACUUCAAAACUUCUGAGUUUGCUGUAUUGGAUUUGUCCCAUUUGCUUGUGGCAAGCUAAGAAUCUCGCAUUUGGGUGUGGGCAUCAGACUUGCCAUAAGUGUGGAGAAAGCUUGCAGGUCUGCCCAAUUUGCCAGAGCCAGAUAGCAACUAGAAUCAGACUUUACUGAUGCUUUGAGACUAUCAUUCACAUUAAUGUCCAGAAUGAUGACUCCAUAACAGGUUGUGUUUCAUGAAAGUCGGCACACAUCUGGGACACAAGUAAAGGUUGAGUACAUCAUCAUCGUCGAACAGUAUUCAGUAGUUGCUUUGGUGCAAUACUCGUUUGCAUACAGCAGUUGGUUCUCAAUAGCGGGCAGUUGCAAUAUAAGCAAUGCACCAUUGGUGCAAGUUAAAACAUGUUUCAUUUUGCUGGAUUAUGCAUGUUCCUUUCUCCUGGAUUAUGUAAAUAAAUAUGUUUUUCCCAAAUAAAAGCAAUAUCAAUUUUCCUUUUUUUUUUUGAGGUAAAA